AUGCGUGACGACAAUUCCCUCAACCGUUUGCUCGCCGUCUUGCGGGAGCGCCGCAUACCCUUGACCCGCGAUGACGUGCAGUGGGCCUUCGAAUCGGUCAAAACGCAACACGACGCUGCCUCGUGGGUGGAAGAAUAUCUACAGUCAGACACCCUCUUGAGCAAAGAGGAGCUCGACCUGUACGAAGCCUUGUGCGCACAAGACGAAGCGGUCAAGGACCGUGUGGACGCGCCAGAGAUCCAGCCCUUCCAAGAUGAAGAAAUCCGGGCUGCCAUCGAAGCUUUGGAGGCUUCCACUACUGCUAUUGAUCAGCAGACCAAAACCCUCGAGGUUCAGAUGGAUGCGCUCCUUGAGCUUCGCACGCAGAAUGCAGAGCCGAGCAAUGCGAUUCGAAGAAAGCUCGACGACCGCAGGCGGAAAAACGCCUCAGAAAAAGGCCAGUUGGACUUUGACAUAGAUGGACUGUCAGAUGCCAUUAAUGACCGUGUCUCGUCUUCUCAAAAGCAGGCCAAGUCUGCAGCAUCUACUUUGACAUCCGUGGUCAACGACCGCUUUACUUCUGAUGAUCGCAUGCUUUCCGCAGUCUCGAAGCUUUCUUCGAAGCUCGAGCUGCCCUCCGAGGAACAAUUUGAUUCCCAAGCUAUCGACCAGUGGUGCGCAUCACUAGUGUCGUUCAGAGCGGCCACUAUUAGAGCACGGGUUGAUCGUAUCUUCCAUGAAACCCUCUUAAUUGACGAUGGUUCAAACGAAGGGGAACGACCCGAGGAGGAAGCUUUAGCCGAGAAAGAGGCGCUCAAAGAAGAGCUCGAGACGCUGCACGCUGAGAUUACUUCCGUUGCUCAGAUGGGUGUUGAGCAGGAACUGCACAGACCGAUCGUCCAGACCCUCGAACAGGGUCAGGGCCAGCAAAAGCGUCUACAAACACGCUGGCUCGACUAUAUCCUCGCCUCAUUGGAAUAUAUGACCAAUCGCCUCAACCACCUUACAAUGCAUGCCGCCGAUUUACGUGCCUGUACCACCGCUCUAGCCGAAAUCAGCGCACUCUUCUCUACGACCAUGCCCCCUCCGCCCGCGCCUCGCUCUUCGCCUUACAAGCAGGCCGCAGCCGCCCGCGCUCGCGCCAAGAGCAAUGCUUCUAUGCCUGUCCAGCUUAGUGCGGCGACACAGCAGCUCCUCCGACAGCUGGACAUCGUACUUCCCCCCGCUGCAAAGACUCCGCCGCUCCAGGCUCUUGCUCAAGCAGUUAUGGACCGCCAGAUCCGCCUUCUCGCGCACAUUGACUCGAGUCAGAAUGCAGCAGUGCAAAGCAUUAGCGAAGCCGUGAGUUCGGGCGCAGUUGAAGUGCAGGAGAUGCUGGCAGCGCUAUACGCGAACUCUGAGUAUGGAACUGUGGAGGUAACGAAGAAAGAGGUGGAAGAAGGAUUGAAGGCGAUCGAGAGGGGUAUCGGAGAGGUGAGCAGUAUCAUGCCUGAGCUACAGGAGAAGAUGGAUGUGGCUGGGGGAGAUGCGAAGUCAAAAAGGAGGGAGAGGGCAUUUAUUGGAAGAUGGGGGAAUCCAGAUGAGUAG